AUGGUUGUCGCCGGUACAAUUUCACGCGUUCAGAGGAUGGUUGAUCGCGUUGUAACCCCUGAACAGAGAUCCCAGUUCUAUGGGAAUGUCUCCGAGUUCUUUCAAGAACAACCUCUUAUUGCUACAUUCCUCCUCGCGACCCUGAGCAUCUCUCUUGUGCCCCUCUUCCUGUUUACAACAUUCACCCUCUCGGUCCUCGCGUUUUCCUUCGUAUCCGCUAUCCUCUUCUCUUUCUUCUGGAUCGGAAUUGCGUUGCUCUUACUUGUGCCAACUCUCUUCGUUACUUGCGGAGUGGGGAUUCUGGUGUGGGUAUGGGCUGUUAGUUCAUGGGUUGUGGCAAGAUGGCUUUAUGGAUUUGUGCCUGCGAGUAAUGGGACAGGGGAAUUGAGAUUCCCAAACGGGAAGAGAAUGGUGGUGAAGAAGGAAGAGGGAGAGGUGCCAAGGGCGGAAAUCAGAAAUGGAAUUUGA